UUCUUAUGCGAAAACAAAUAUUAGGUCAACCAACACCUCGACAAACACAAGUGGCACUGAGUGCAGCAUUGGCUGACAUUGAUAACGAUCCACCAGAUGAUGAUGAGAGACAACAACCAAGCCCAGGCCAAAAAAAUCUGAAGAAAAAAAUUCAAACAUCAACGAAAAAUUCUUCACUCAUUAUACAUACGAAAAACGUUUCAAAACAUGCAAACGAGAUAUGCAUCAAGUAUACCACGAUACAUUUAAAGAUACACCAGCAAUGUACACAAAAUUAA